AUAGCAUCCGUUCACGAACUGCCGAGUGCUGCAAACCGCAGCUUGAAAGAGAGAGGCUCGACUAUUCCAGCCGAAAGCUUCUCGGCCAUGGCAGUGGCCGGCACUCCCUCUCUCAGCCUGCCCCCACCUGCGCAGCGCAGCGCCACAUCAAAGCCUCGCCGCCUCCCGCCGCGGGACGUCGUCUCGUGGACGUCGGCCAUCGCGCGCCCGGCGCGGGAGGGCGACCUGCAGGGGGCGGCCGCAGCGCUCUCCGCCAUGCUCUCCUCUCCAGCCGCGCCGCCCCCCAACGACGUCACCCUCCUUACAGUCCUCUCCGCCUGCGCCGGCGACUCCUCCUCCGCGCUCGCCCGGCCUCUCGCGCUCUCGCUCCACGCACUCGCCGUCAAGCUCUUCCCCUGCAACCUCCUCCUCUGCACCUGCCUCGCGCGGUUCUACCUCGCAUCCCGCCUUCCGCACCUCGCCAUCAAGCUGUUCGACUCCAUGCCCGACAGGUCCGUCGUCACCUACAACACCAUGAUCACCGGCCUCAUGCGUAACGGCCUCGUGGCCGCCGCGCGCGAGGUGUUUGACGAAAUGCCGGCGCCGGAUAAGGUCUCGUGGACAGCGCUCAUCGAUGGGUGCGUCAAGAACGGGCGGCAUGACGAGGCAAUCGACUGCUUCCACUCUAUGCUGAGAGACGGCGUUGAGCCAGACUAUGUCACGCUGGUAGCUGCCAUCUCUGCGUGUGCCGAGGUUGGUGCUCUCGGGCUCGGGAUGUGGGUGCAUCGCUUCGUGGUUGACAAGAGGUUGGAGCACAACGUCCGGGUCGCCAACUCGCUGAUUGACAUGUACGCGCGGUGCGGGCAGGUGGACUUUGCACGGCAGGUGUUUGGCAGAAUAAGGAAACGGACUGUGGUCUCUUGGAACUCGAUGAUCGUCGGGUUCGCUGCCAAUGGACAGUAUGCCGAUGCGGUGGAGCAUUUCGAGGCGAUGCGGAGGGAGGGCUUCAAGCCGGAUACAGUGACGUUCACCGGCGUGCUCACGGCCUGCAGCCAUGCCGGUCUCACCGACGAGGGGCUGAGGUACUACGACGCCAUGAGGACGGAGCAUGGCAUCGCUGCGAGGAUGGAGCACUACGGGUGCGUGGUGGACUUGCUCGGCCGGGCCGGUCGCCUAGGCGAAGCAAUGCGCGUGGUGGAGAGCAUGCCGAUGCGGCCAAAUGAGGUGGUGCUCGGAGCUCUUCUCGCAGGGUGCCGGAUGCAUGGGGACGUGGACUUGGCCGAGCAGCUGAUGCAGCACCUUCUGGAGCAGGACCCCGGCGGCGACUCCAACUACGUGCUGCUGUCGAACAUCUAUGCGGCCGUCGGGAAAUGGGGCGGUGCGGGCAAGGUCCGGAGCCUGAUGAAAUCCCGGGGAGUGAAGAAGAGGCCAGGUCAAAGCACCGUGGAGAUCGACGGUGAGGUGCAUGAGUUUGUCUGCGGGGAUCGAUCCCAUCCGCAGGCUCGGGAGGUGUUCGAGGUGCUUGGCCUGCUCACGCAUGAGAUGGCAGGGUGUGAGUUGUGAACGUGCAUUGAAACGGCUGCUUGGAUAGUUGGAUGAACUCAGAACUGCAACCGAGCACAAGGCUCAAGUAUUUCAGCAGGCACCAGCACAGGGUCUUGCGUUUCCAGCAUACCAAGCUCAGAUUAGAAAGUUGUUGUGUUUACAGUUUCUCAGCCACUGUGUUUUCCUUGCCUGUACAGUCUCGAAACAAGACAUCCAGACGUAAAGUUAUACAGAAGAUGAGAUAAAUCAUUUCGUUUGGACAUCUUUUGCAGUA